GCGGAACCGGCUGCCACACACCAGACUUUAAACGCGCAUCUCAUUUCCUCUAACCACCUCCCUCACCCCGCCCCCACCAGACACACAUCUCCUUCUCUUUCUCUUCAUUCACUGAGUCUUUCUUCUCAAUCAACAAACCGUAUCGUUUAACUCCCUGGGAUACCUUCCACGAUGGCUGAAAAGGAUGAACAACCCCCCGCACUGCUUCAGACUCGAGAGGUGCUUGCUCCUGUAAAUCAAGAGCAAAACAUCAAUCCAUUCACAGUUGAAGGGGCCUUGGUUGACGGCAAAGUUGUCGCUAUCGAUUACGAGAAGCUCAUCAGGGACUUUGGUACCAGACGGAUUUCCCCUGAGCUUCUCGCUCGCUUUGAGAAGCUUACUGGGCAUAGGCCCCAUCAAUUUCUGCGAAGAGGAAUGUUCUUUUCCCAUAGAGAUUUAGAGAGAAUCCUCAACCUUUAUGAGCAAGGGAAACAAUUCUACAUCUAUACUGGGAGGGGCCCUAGCAGUGAGAGUAUGCAUCUUGGGCACAUGGUUCCCUUUAUGUUUACCAAGUAACUAUGAACCAUUACCUUUUCCUUGAUGCUCACUUGCUAAUUUGAAGUAGGUGGCUUCAGGAAGCUUUUGACGUUCCCCUGUGCAUCAUGUUGACGGAUGAUGAGAAAUUUCUUUUUAAGCAAAACCUCACCAUCGAGAACGUCAAAACCUUCGCCCGGGAAAAUGCGAAGGAUAUCAUCGCUAUGGGCUUUGAUGUGAACAAGACAUUCAUAUUCUCUGACCUUGAUUAUAUGGGAGGAGCCUUCUAUGAGAAUAUUUUGAAAGUAGCCCGUUGUAUAACCACGAACCAGAGUAAAGCAGCGUUUGGUUUCACCGAUAGGUAGGUCACUUGCUCCCUCACGGAUAGUUUGUUCUUACGCGAGGAAAGUGAUAAUAUCGGCAAGCUGCACUUCACCGCCGUGCAAGCCAGCACAGCGUUUUCGACUACCUUCCCCCAUAUAUUUGGUGACGAUCCGAUCAAAGUGAGAGAGAUCCCGUCCUUGAUCCCUUGUGCCAUCGAUCAAGAUCCGUACUUCCGCCUGACUAGAGACGUCGCUGCGAGAUUGAAAUACCAAAAGCCAGCCCUAAUUCAUGCAAAAUUCUUCCCGGCCCUUGAGGGUUCUGGUAGUAAGAUGAGUGCUAGUAUCGACACCAGCGCGAUCUUCAUGAAUGACACUCCAAAUGCAAUGUUUGUUUUGAUUCGUUUGAGUGCCAUGAAAUUGAGUGCUGAUCUCUGAUUAUAGAAAAAAGAAGAUCAACAAGUAUGCCUUCUCCGGGGGUCAGACCACUACUGAGGAACAACGCCUGUAUGGGGGUAACCCGGAUGUCGAUGUCUCGUUUCAGUACUUGACUUUCUUCCUUGAGGACGACGAGGAACUGGAAAACAUACGUCAGUCUUAUAUCAAGGGCACUCUCCUCACUGGAGAGCUUAAGGCUAGGUGCAUCAAGGAGCUACAGGGCUUUAUUGCAGGCUUCCAGGAGAGAAAGAAGGCCGUUACGGAUGAGAUCUGUGCAGAAUUUAUGAGGCCAAGGCCACUCACUUGGGGCCACGGCCGGCCUAGGGAUGGGGGCAUCGGGGGUGUUGUCGAGAAAGUUAAGUCGGCUACUAUUGGCUAGAUCAAUGCGAUUUCGGCCUUCGGGCCUCGUCGAUAUGUAGAUCAGAUCAUAACGAAAUACCCAAUUUCCGUUUCCAGGCCGGGCCGUUGGUCCUUGAGGUUCAUGUCCGUUCCUUGGUCCUGCCCUAGGAGGUAGACUUGGAAAGAUGGGGCAUGAUUUAGAGCCUGACGGUAGGACGGCUGCUGCCUUGCCUUCCAAACUACUACCGUGUGGGGUUGUAUAAUAUUGGUCCUAACCUAGCCCGGGCUCAUGGAGGUAAGUGUGGGUGUGAGCGCUGUGUGGCUGACCCCUGAAGAACCCGACACGAUAUGGUGUAGGAUACCCAAAUAUAUUGUGUUAUCUGGUAUUUCAGUGCUGUACGUACAAAGUGCCCCGCAAGAUCUUAGAAACCCCCCCUCAUGCGCAGAUUUUUCCGGGAUGUAUCGUAUUUGAUGGGCUGUAUUCUGCAGAGCGAACUUUUAUAUAAGCAUCAUUAUCGUGA